UUCUGGACGAUGCAUGCUUUAAACGAAUUACAGGUCCAUUCGUUGACGAUUAUCUCAAAAGAAUCUAUUUCGUUCUCGACGUGACGCGAUCACUGAUAAUGCCGUGCAGACGAUACGUCGAACAGCUGUCUCACCGUCACACGUUUACCCCCAACGAGCGUUGGCUACUAUCAAGUCUGAGAAUUCGGUUUGGUGUCGUAAAACGGAGACCAAAGAUCAAAGAUCGCCAGAAAAUUAUAACUCACAGAACAUCCCGUGCUAAUCACGAUACGGAUUCAGUCGUUCGUCGACCGCUACGGAGUAUAUCACGCUGUUGGAUCGGCUGCUCCUCGUGUCCUUUCCUCGUUCCUCUUCCUUUACAUAUAUGUACAUGCGUGCGUAUGUACGUUACCAAACACGCGGCCAUACACUCACACCAUUCUUGACCCUUGGAUCGCAUAUAGUGAUAAUUUCCUCUUCUGAUCACGGUGGGAAAAACGACUCGUUAGUCGACAGGAAUCGUCGAACUCGUUAACAGGAAGCCACGAGACCCAAAAAAGUAACGGUAGUCUCUUGUGUACGCGAGGGAAAUGGAAGGCUUCUGGAUUAGCGGCGCGAUCCACGCGAUCAAGGCGCUUUCCUAUGUGUACGAUCUGCUGACGUUCCCGGUCUAUCUCAUUCUGCAACGGCCCUGGGAAAAGAAGAAGGCCUCCAGGAGAAUCAAGGCACGGCCAAUCGCGAGGGACGAGCAAAGGAUCACUUACAGGAGCGUUGACCCCCCAGGACCGAUGCAUGUUAUGCUCGAGCGCGAAAAGGUCGACACGCUCGAGAAAAUGAUGACUUGGGUCGUGAACAUGCACAGGGAGAAAAAAUGCCUUGGCACCAGGCAGAUACUCGCGGAGGAGGAUGAACUUCAGCCUAACGGUAGAAUAUUUAAGAAGUACAAAAUGGGAGAUUACAAAUGGAAGUCUUACACGGAAGUUAAUAGGCUGAUGACUUCCUUUAGUCGUGGCUUGAGGGAACUUGGUCUCACGACUCGCAAGAACAUUGUGAUCUUUGCUGAGACCAGAGCAGAAUGGAUGAUAGCAGCUUAUGGUUGUUUCAAGCAAAAUUUGACCGUGGUAACCAUUUAUGCGACGUUAGGCGAUGAUGCUAUCGCGCAUGGUAUCAAUGAGACCGAAGUCGAUACAGUGAUUACCAGUCACGACUUGUUGCCAAAGUUCAAACGACUCCUCGACAAGGUGCCAGAAAUUAAGACGAUCAUUUACAUGGAAGAUCAGUUGAAACCGACCAAUACUACCGGUUUCAAGGAUGGUGUGAGGCUCAUAUCAUAUUCUGAAGUAAUCAAGAAAGGUAAUGAAUCAAAUGCACCAAUGUCCCCACCACAGGCCAAUGACACCGCAAUUAUAAUGUAUACAUCUGGUUCAACUGGAGUGCCAAAGGGUGUACUUUUGUCUCAUACAAACAUCAUAGCAACAAUGAAGGCAUUCUGUGAUGCUGUGGAAAUUAGAUCAGAUGAUGUUUUCCUUGGAUUUUUACCUCUGGCCCAUGUGUUUGAACUUCUUGCUGAGAGUGUGUGUCUACUGACUGGCGUACCUAUUGGAUACAGUUCACCUCUUACAAUGAUUGAUUCUAGUAGCAAAAUUCAGAGAGGGUCCAAGGGUGAUGCCUCAGUGUUGCAUCCAACUUGUUUAACCGCAGUACCACUCAUUCUUGACCGCAUCUCCAAAGGCAUAAACGAGAAGGUAAAGAAGUCAGGUGCUUUCCGGCAAGCGAUCUUCCAUUUUGCUUAUCAGUACAAACUGAAAUGGGCCAAACGAGGUUAUGAUACACCUUUCUUUGAUAAAUACAUCUUUGGAGCUGCAAGACAAGUCCUUGGUGGAAAAGUUAGGCUUAUACUUUGCGGUGGUGCGCCUCUAACCCCAGAUACGCACACCCAGGUUAAGAUCUGUCUUUGUGUCACUGUUACACAAGGAUAUGGUCUCACAGAAACAACUUCAUGCGCAACUGUUAUGGAUGUGCACGACAGAAGUACAGGAAGGGUUGGAGCACCGACUACGGUUUGCGACAUCCGCUUAGAAAAUUGGGAAGAAGCUGGUUACAGAGUCACAGAUACACCACAUCCCAGAGGAGAGAUCGUUAUUGGCGGUGCAAAUGUUUCGGCUGGUUAUUACAAGCUACCAGAUAAAACGAAAGAGGACUUCUUCCAAGAAGAUGGGAAGCAGUGGUUCAGAACUGGGGAUAUUGGAGAAUUCCAUUCUGAUGGUUCCAUAAAGAUUAUUGACCGAAAGAAGGAUUUAGUGAAAUUACAACUUGGAGAAUAUGUAUCCCUGGGCAAAGUUGAAGCAGAGUUGAAGACCUGUCCUGUCGUAGAAAACAUUUGUGUUUACGGAGACUCACACAAGACUCACACAGUGGCAUUAGUGGUACCCAAUACUUAUUAUCUGGAAGAGAUCGCCUCUAAUCUUGGAUACAAGGGAAAAACCAUCGAGGAACUUUGUUGUAAUCCUGAAGUGGAGAAGAUGGUAUUACAGGAACUGAUUGAGCAAGCCAAAAAAUGCAAGCUGGAAAGAUUCGAGAUACCCGGUGCAGUGAAACUGUGUGCGGAACAAUGGUCACCGGACAUGGGACUAGUGACAGCCGCGUUCAAGUUGAAGAGAAAAGCGGUACAAGAACGUUACCAACACGAAAUAAACAGAAUGUACGCUUCGUGAUGUUGCCCGAAAUCUUGCAAGAAGUGUAAAGUAUGAAGUGACGUUGAAAUUCGAACUUUUUUCAUCUUACAAAAUAGUACCUCGACGAAUCCCCACGUAUGAGUUUUGUAGGACAAAGUCGUGUACGACCAUUACGGAACUUCAAACUUGAAAACACAAAAUUUCUCUGUUCUCUUUGCCGGAAAAAGAGUGUCGUGGACUUCGCUACCAGAAAGUCCGCUCACCGAACGUAUAUUUAAACAUUAACGUAUAGUGAUUUCGUGUCUGUUCGAGGAACAAUAUCACCGCUCGAUUCGGUUCGAUAUCGACGAGCAGUUUCGAUUUAUUCAGCCACGAAUUAUUCAAAUUCCAUAAUUAAACUAAGAGGAUGUGUGCGUAACAAAAGGAGCGUCCUGUAAUAUAAUUGUCGUGAUACACAUGAUGCGAAGUGUGAGUGGAAACAAAAUGGUGCAGACGAUCAAACUCCAUUGGGGAAUUGUCACUGUUUAUCUCUUUACUAUGUUCUCAUUCCUCGUAGCAAUUAUGGAACAUCAUGGGAAAAAAAGAUCGGUCAUUAACUGGUUCGAAGUCGUGGUAAUUUUGUAAGUUCACAAAUCGUUUGGUGUACUUACUUUUAAGUAUUAUUCGAAAUCGUCCGAGUUUCAUUUUCGUAAAACAAAAGGUGUGACUCUUGGAAGGGUCGUUCUAUUGUAUACAUAAUUAAGGUGUACAUGUAUAUAUAGAAGGAUCGGUUAGCGUUUACUUAUUAAUGUUAAACACGGCAUGGUGUUUUAGAUUUACAUGAAUACGAGUAAUCGUUCUCACGUAUAAAUUGAAUUUCUAACACCAUAGGGUGAUUCCUUGUUCAAUACCGUCUGUAUAACGUCAUUGAUUACGUGCUUGCCUACUAUUUUAAAUUAUUCUCGCGUCGAAACAUCACAGAAACUUUCUUUCAGCGUAGAAGAAUGAUAUUUGUGUAAGUGCGUGUGCGCCUGUGCGUGUUCGUCCCAUUAUCGUGUAUGCUUUAACACGCAUAUAUGUAAGCGAGGAAAUUAGGAAACGUAUGUGAAUUUAUAAAGAAACGACACCCGUAACGAGGAAAUUAUUUAGUUCGUUAUUAGUCUUCCUAUUCGCAUCUCCAUCGUACGUGUUUACUAUUCUUGGUGUCCUGUGUGAUUCAUCUUUUUCUAUGUUUCUUAGCCAUUACUUAGAAUCGAUCAACGAGCUUUUUCAUCGAGUAACGUCAGUACGGGUCGGAUUGGAUCAAUUACAAUAUAUGAGCAAUUGCGUAGUCUUCCCGUUCACCGUUAUAUGUUUUGUUGUGGUGUACAGCUCUGCACGUGAAAUUAGUUUGCAAUAGUGUUUAAAGAAUGUACAGUUGGUUGCAAUGUAGGCUUUCUUUUAAAUAGGGGUUAGAGGGAGCAACACUCAUCUAUCUUUAAUUUUGGGGGAUCAAAUGUGUAAACUGAAAAUUAAAUUUCCAAAUUUUUGAGUUUCAACUUCACAAACUGUUGAGAUCUAAAAUUUGAAAAUUUAUGAACCAAAAGUGGGACCUCUUAUGUUUUCUGGGGAAGUCUACCAUGCUCGCCAGUGUACUUUAAAUCGCUUCUAAGGAUAUAGUUGAUAUGCGUAUAUCUCGUCAAAUGAUUAUUGAGUUGAUUUGUAAAUUUCAUUAAUGGUUUGACAAAAUAGAGCUCAUUGGACAAGGGUUUUGUAUUAUAUGAUAUUCACGUUAAUUGCGCAUUCUGAUGCUUAGUAUCUAAGUAUUGAUAUUCUAUGCGCAAAUAUAACAUUGUUUAAUAUUUCGCUUCUAUUUUGCGGCUUGUUGAACCAUGACUGUACAAGGAGAGAGUGAAGAACAAUCGUGAUACAAAACGAUCAGGCAGCCCGUUCUCCUUUUGCAGUCAAGUUGAGAGUUCCUGCGGUGUAAUUGAACACGCAAGUUGUUAUAGGCCCGUUGAUGAUUUCUAAUAAAUUAUUAAGGAACUGUAAAAUAUUAGAUAGGAGAUUACCAAUUGUCAUUUGGAUAUAAUCAUAUCAUCGAUACCUGUUAUUAUGGUUUGUCAUCAAUUAUGAUUAUCAUUUUGAAAAUUAUGAACGGAAAUAAAUGUACAGAUCUAUAGUACACACAGUUAGCAUUGUUAUGAUUACUUUCUCGCAAUCUGUAGAUUUUUUUUGUAACGUGUGUCGAUUUUAUAACGUCGACAAUAAUUUAGCUCUCGUGAUAAUUGGAAAAAUUAAAUUAAUAAACGAGUAUGAUCAUA